CAUCUCAUCACUUUAUUCGAGAGCUGUAUGGCCUGGGCCCCACUGCACUCACUGAUUUUGUUGAUGGUUCAUACCCACCAAGUAACAGUCACCAACCACCAAUCUGAACCAAAGAAUCUCUCCUCCUUCAUGUUUCCUUAACACCUCACGAAUCACACUCACCGGUAACUUCAGAUCUGCAUUUCAUCAACACAUCUCCACCAUGCCCGGUUUAGUUUCCGUCAAAACGCCACCACGAAUCUCCAUUCCAGAAGACCACAACAACCACCAGAUCCGCACCACUCCUGACUCAACCAACCCCAAAACAACACCACCGGCGCAACGGAGGCCUCCCUCACCCUCUCCGUCAUCCUCACGCGCCAAGCCGUCGCCAGAUCGGAGCUCCGGAAAGAAGAAAUCGCCAGAAAAGCAGUUAUUACUCGAUGAAUCCUCUCUCGAUAACCCCGAUCUAGGUCCUUUUCUGUUAAAACUCGCGCGUGACACAAUCGCGUCCGGUGAUGGGCCAAGUAAGGCGCUGGACUACGCGCUUCGCGCGUCGAAGUCGUUCGAGCGAUGUGCGGUUGAAGGAGAACCGAGCCUUGAUCUGGCGAUGUGUUUGCACGUUGUGGCGGCUAUUUACUGCAGUUUGGGGAGGUUUGAGGAGGCGAUUCCGGUGUUAGAUAGGGCGAUUAAGGUUCCUGAGAUCUCCAGAGGUGCGGAUCACGCGCUUGCUGCGUUUUCGGGGUAUAUGCAGUUAGGUGACACUCACUCCAUGCUAGGUCAGCUUGAUCGGUCAAUUGAGUGCUACAAGGAAGGUUUGAAAAUUCAGAUGGAGGCGUUGGGAGAUACAGAUCCCAGAGUUGCUGAGACUUGCAGAUACUUAGCUGAGGCUCAUGUUCAAGCAAUGCAAUUUGAUGAAGCAGAUACAUUAUGCAAAAGAACCCUUGAAAUCCACAGAGUACACAGUGCACCUGCAUCACUUGAAGAAGCAGCUGAUAGGCGAUUAAUGGCCCUCAUAUGUGAGGCAAAAGGAGACUAUGAAUCAGCCUUGGAACACCUUGUACUCGCCAGCAUGGCAAUGAUUGCCAACGGACAAGAUAAUGAAGUCGCUGCAAUAGAUCUCAGCAUAGGCAACAUCUAUUUAUCACUCUCCCGUUUCGAUGAAGCCGUUUUCUCUUAUCAGAAAGCACUUACUGUCUUCAAAGCCUCAAAAGGUGACAACCACCCUGCAGUCGCCUCUGUUUUCGUCCGCCUUGCUGACCUGUACUACAAAACCGGAAAGCUACGUGAAUCAAGAUCUUAUUGCGAAAACGCCCUUAGAAUAUACGCGAAACCCGUCCCUGGAACAACCCCAGAAGACAUCGCUAGUGGAAUGACGGAAAUCUCAGCAAUUUACGAAUCUUUCAACGAACCCGAGGAGGCAUUAAAGCUGUUACAAAAGUCGAUGAAACUUCUGGAGGAUAAGCCAGGUCAGCAGAGUACAAUCGCGGGUGUGGAAGCGCGCAUGGGUGUCAUGUUUUACAUGGUGGGAAGAUAUGAAGAAGCAAGAGGCGCCUUCGAAAGCGCUGUUGCUAAACUUAGGGCUAGCGGAGAAAGAAAAUCAGCGUUUUUUGGCGUCGUUUUGAACCAGAUGGGAUUAGCUUGUGUCCAGCUGUUCAAAAUAGAUGAAGCUGCCGAGUUGUUUGAGGAAGCAAGGGAGAUUUUAGAACAGGAGUGCGGUCCAUGUCAUCAAGACACCCUUGGAGUAUACAGUAAUCUUGCAGCGACAUACGAUGCUUUGGGGAGUAUAUGCAGAGUGGAAGAUGCAAUUGAGAUAUUGGAAUAUGUUUUAAAACUAAGAGAAGAAAAACUGGGAACAGCGAACCCAGAUUUCGAUGACGAGAAGAAACGGCUGGCGGAGCUUUUGAAAGAAGCGGGGAGGUCGCGCAACAAGAAAGCAAAGUCACUGGAGAAUCUUAUUGAUCCCAACUCAAAGAGGACAAAGAAAGAGGCUUCUUCAAAGAAAUGGUCUGCUUUUGGUUUUAGAAGUUAAUAAAAUAAAAGUAUAAUAUAUAUUCUUUCUCUAAUUACUAUUACUAUUUACUACAACCUUCACUCAUCAAUCAGUCAGUUGUAGAAAUGGUUUUAUGUGUAUAGUGUUUUUUUAUUUGAUUGACACCAAUUUGUUUUGUUAUUUUGUUGUUAUUGGGGCUUUGAGUUUGUUUUCUCAUUUUGUUGUAUGGAAUGGAAUAUCUAUAUUUUAUUUUAUUUGUGAUUUCUGAGAUC